GGGCGGGGCGAGCUGUGGGCCCGCGCGGGGGAGCGGAAGCGUCGCGCUGAGGGCGGUAGCGACGGCUGGGCUGAGGGGGCGGUGGGGCCGGCCGGGUGCGGCGCGAUGCGUGGCGGCUACCGCCUCUUCCUGCUGCUGCUCCUGGCGCUGCUGCCCGGGCUGUUCCACGGCAGGGAGUCGGCGCCGGGCGCCGUGACUUGUGGCUCGGUGCUGAAACUGCUCAACACCCGGCACAGCGUGCGGCUCCACUCGCACGAGGUCAAGUACGGCUCCGGAAGUGGGCAGCAGUCAGUGACAGGAGUUGAAGCUUCAGAUGAUGCCAACAGCUACUGGCGGAUCCGCGGGAAGAGUGACAGCAGUUGCCAGCGUGGGACACCAGUGAAAUGUGGGCAAGCCAUACGACUUACCCAUGUUAACACUGGGAAAAAUCUGCAUACUCAUCACUUCCCAUCACCACUCUCCAAUAACCAAGAAGUAAGUGCCUUUGGGGAUGAUGGCGAAGGAGAUGACCUGGAUUUCUGGAUUGUGCAGUGCAGUGGGACUUACUGGGAGCGGGAAGAUGCCGUGCGCUUCAAGCACGUGGGGACUGAGGUGUUCCUGUCCAUCACAGGGGAGCAGUACGGCCACCCCAUUAGAGGCCAACGGGAAGUUCAUGGCAUGCCUGCUGCCAACCACCACAACUAUUGGAAGGCCAUGGAGGGAGUCUUCAUCAAACCCAGUCUGGACCCUGCAAAACAUGAUGAGCUCUGAAUUGACACAGGAUCCAAAAUGCUUCUUUUGACUCCGGUGUUUGGAGAUGCUAAUCCUUGGUCUCUUCUAAGUCCUGCCUUGUCUGUGUGACUUUCUGUAUUACUGAAGGGCAUUAGUUCAUUCUAGGAAUGCAGCACUUCUGUGAGGAAUGGCUUCUGCCAGGUUCAGCCACUGACAUUUAUUUGGUGAAAUCCUUUCUGAACUUCCAAGCUUUAUUGGUGAAACUAGUUCAUAAAUCUGUUAGGUUUUGUUGUCAUUUGUUUGCUUGUUACUUUUUCUUGAUUUCAAAGGAAAUGAAAAAAAUGAAAGUAAUACUUUUCUCUAGUCUCAAGAACAAUAAAAUGUUGUAUUUUGUAAUCUUCCCAACUAUAAUUAAGUAUUUGGAAACUGAUUUCUAUGUCCUAGUGAAAGAAUGUUAGUGAUAAGGAGAUGGAUUGAGUCUAGAAAUGGAAAAAUGGUUCUGAAAUAUGUUGUUUUUUUAAUUACUUGCAGUCAGCUAGUCAGUCUUUGAGUUAAAAAGAAAGUAUCCAUUUGAAAAUUGCAUUCAAUGUCUUAUGAGAGUUAUAUUCUGUAUUGUAUUGGAAGACUUGAAAAUAUUGAAGAAAGUGUAUAUUGAAGUAAGAAGACAAAAUUUUAAUAUUUUCACUUCGUCCAAGAUAUUUAGAUGUUCUAGUAGUGGUGGUACAGCUGAUUGUCCAUUGGUAAGCCUGCUCUGCUCUAUGAAAAGGUGCAGAAAACUGCUGCUUGCUUAAUUAAUAUUAGAAUUUUACGAAGUUUCUUAUGGUGCAAAGGAACAGUUGAAUUUGGCUUACUUCUGUGUCACUCUACAAGAUCAGCAUGACAAUCCAGGUGAAUAAAUAGUGAGGCAUACA